UAAAUGCGGCUGAAGCUGCUGCAGAGCAGAUCGGAGUCACUGAGCACCAUGGAGGGACAAACGACGAGACUUUAUUUUGUUGUUUGCGAUUUUUGACCCGUUUCUCACUGAGCUCGUCUCGUUCAUGUGGGAACAUCUGGCCAGUUGGACGAAAACUGUCUCCGCUGGUUUUGCGCACAGACCGGGAGGCGCCACGGUGUGUAAAACCCGCUACCAUGUGCUCCUCCUCGGAUAGUUUCUGCAACAUCACCAGCCACAACUGCACCGAGAGGCUCAACUUCACUCAGCUGGAGACCGGAGCUUCCACCGGGAACCUCACCGGCAGCAGCAACGACAGCGACCCGUUCGGGCGCAACGAGGAGGUGGCGAAGCUGGAGAUCACGGUGCUGAGCGUGGCGUUCCUGGCGGCGGUGGUGGGGAACGUGAGCGUGCUGCUGGCCAUGUACCGGACCCGCCGGAAGCCGUCCAGGAUGCACCUGUUCAUGAAGCACCUGAGCCUGGCCGACCUGGUGGUGGCCUUCUUCCAGGUGCUGCCGCAGCUCUGCUGGGAGAUCACCUUCCGCUUCUACGGCCCGGACUUCCUGUGCCGCAUCGUGAAGCACCUGCAGGUCCUGGGGAUGUUCGCCUCCACCUACAUGAUGGUGAUGAUGACCGUGGACCGCUACAUCGCCAUCUGCCACCCUCUGCAGACCCUCCAGCAGCCCACGCAGCGCGCCUACCUGAUGAUCGGCUCCACGUGGGCGGUCAGCCUGGUGCUCAGCUGCCCGCAGUACUUCAUCUUCUCCCUCAGCGAGGUUCAGCCGGGCUCCGCCGUCUACGACUGCUGGGGCCACUUCCUGGAGCCGUGGGGGGUGCGCGCGUACAUCACCUGGAUCACGGCCGGCAUCUUCCUCGUGCCCGUGGUCGUGCUCGUGUUCUGCUACGGGUUGAUCUGCAGGACGAUCUGGAGGAACCUCAAGUACAAAACCCGGAGGAAGAGCGCGGCGGCGGAGAGCAGCAAGGCGGGAAUCCUGGGCAGUAACUCGGUGAGCAGCGUGGGCACCAUCUCCAGAGCCAAGCUGCGCACCGUCAAGAUGACCUUCGUGAUCGUGGUGGCCUACGUGGUCUGCUGGGCGCCGUUCUUCACUGUGCAGAUGUGGUCGGUGUGGGACGAGACGUUCUCCUGGCACGACUCUGAGAACACGACGGUGACGCUGACUGCCCUGCUGGCCAGCCUCAACAGCUGCUGCAAUCCCUGGAUAUACAUGAUCUUCAGCGGCCACCUGCUGUCGGACUUCGCCGGCAGCCUGCCCUGCUGCCGAAGGCACCAAAGCAAGUUCCACUACCAGGACUCGGACAGCAGCAUCCGACGGACGACGAUGCUGUCUCGCCUUCAGGGUCCGAGGCUUUCAGAACCCUUCAGAGACCAAAACCCAAACCCCAAAAACUGCCUGCAGGCAACACCUGCAUCCUGAAAACAUCUGAAGACUGGUCCAAGGAAGGUAUGAUCUCAUCUGAGGGUCACACCUACAUUAAGUGGAAAGAUUUACUCCGUGGCAAGCUUUGGUGUCGGUUGCAUAUGAAAAAAUUGAUGUAUUAACUGACAAGAUGAAGAGUUUGUGGUCAGACGGUGUCAAAACAAAUCCAGUACCUUUAGAUAUUAAGAAAAAUAUCUUGUUCUUUCAUCAGUCCACAUUUUCUAGCUCUGGUUUAAGUCAGGAUGUUGGGGAAACCAUUCUGAAACCUUAGUUCUGGCCUCAUUCAACCAUUUCUUUGUCUUUGGGAUCAUCUCCUUGUUGGAAUACCUAGCUGUGCCCGAGACAUGAUACUGUCACCACCAUGCUUGAUGGUAGACUUGGUUGUUCUUGGGGUUAAAGUCCUCACCUUCUCAUCUCCAAACACAUCUCUGGUCAAUAUGGACAAAUGGCUAAAUGCAUCUUCAUCCUGACAACAUCUUAAAACUGGUUGAAGGAAGGUAUGAUCUCAUCUGAAGGCAUGGUCGCACCCACAUGUGUUUUAUUUGGUUUAAUCAAGAGUAGAGUGGAGGUAACUUCCUGUAACUUUUAGAUAUUCAGAAAAAAAAAAUUGUUCCUUUAUUACAGUCCACAGAUUAUUGAUGGGGUUUAGUCAGGACAUUGAGGCAACCAGUCCUAAACCUAAAUUUUAGCCUGGUUUAACCAUUUCUUUGUCUUUGGGAUCAUCACCUUGUUGGAACAUCCAACUGCAUCCAAGAUGUGAUACUGCCACCACCAUACUUGAUGGUAGAUUUGUUUAUUUGGGGGUAAAGGUCUCUUUCUUACCUCCAAAUUUAUUAGCCAAAUAGCUGAAUACAUCUGCAUCCUGACAUCUGAAAACUAGUUGAAGGAAGAUAUGAUCUCCUCUGAGGGUCACACAUCUACACCACAGGCGGAAACAUUUACUCCAUGGCAAGCUUUGGUGUCAGUUUCAUACAAAACAGUGGAUUCAUUAUCUUUUCAGACUGACAAAGUGAACGGUUUGGACUCAGUGUCAAAACAACAACUGUCAAGAAAAUAUUAAGAAAAAUGUCUUGUUCCUUCAUCAGUCCACAGGCUCUUGAUGGGGUUUAGUUCAGGACUUUGGGGGGACCACUCUGGAACCUUCAUUCUAGCCUCAUUUAACCAUGCCUUUGCCAUUUUUGAUGUGUGUCUGGGAUCCUAGCCUUGUUAGAACACUGAACUGCAUCUGAGACAUGAUACUGCCACCACCGUGCUUGACCGUAGCUUUGGUUAUUUGAGGGUAACGGUCUCCUUCUCACCUUCACCAUUUCUGGUCAUUGGAGCCAACAUUUGAAAACAGGUUGAAGGAAGGUAUGAUCUCACUUGAGGGCCACACCCACACUUUGUUUUCUUUGGUCUGAUCCAGAGUGGAAAGGUUUCCUUCAUGGCAGUGUUUAUUGUUGGACUCACAGGAAAAAUAAGAUUUAUUAGCUCCUGAGGCCGACACGGUGGAAACUUUGAGGGUCAGACGGCGUCAAAACAAAGCCAGUACUUAUAGCUAGUGAUGGCGAGAUGAAACUUCAUGAAAAAUUGAGGCUUUCCAUCCAAUUGGUUCACUCAUGGGUUGAAGCUUCAUGGUGCUUCAUUUGCUCUACUGCCCCCACAAGUGGACAAAUAAAAGUAAAACAGGCAGAGUGCCUAUAAUGGCCCACUGGCUUUGCUAUGUGAAGCUUUGAAUUGUGUUUAAAUGAUAAUGCCAAUAAACAACUAAUAUACUUAAUAUAGUGUGUCUUUUUCCUCAUAGCAGGGACAGAGGGGGAAGUGGAAACAAAUUGGGGAGAGAUUUGAGAUAUGUAGCUUGACUGUUUGAUUGGGGUAAGGUUCUGGUUUUCUGUAAAGUGCUUCGAUAUUUUUUAAUUAUAAAACGGGCUUGAUAAAUAAAUUUUUAUGUGCUUAUGCUACGUUUUGUUGUGGGACUGUGCUUGUGUUAGUAGUGACAACCUGAAAAACAAAGUAGGGACAACCAGCGCUCGAUUUAGAUGGUCGCCAGAUCGCCGCGAGCGCCUGGAAUGAUAGGUUGAUGACAUCAUACAAAGUGGCUGCCUCCAUGAAGAAUAUGAUAUGAUAUGCGGUUCAGCUCGAUCGCGCGGAUUUGGACGGUCGCCGGGUCGCCAUUUGCGACUAAAAACGUCGCAAAUGGCGACCUGGCGACCACAGAUUUGGACGGUCGCCUGUUAAGUAUAUUUCCACAUCUGUAUUUUUAUUCUGAGAUGCCACUAGAGGAGCAUUGCAUGAUUUACAAUUGAAAAAAAUAUCAUGAUUUAUCUUAAACCGGCCCUUCAUGCAGUUUCUGAGCAGUUUUCGCUCCUGUGUCUUUAAAGCCCCCCUUCCAAGAAGCCCACUUUCAUCUGAUUGGCUAAAUUGUCAGUGUUCGAAAGCAACUUGGAGCAAAUGACCAAAUGGAGAAAACAAUCAUUGGUGCUUCGUAUUUUUAUUGUACACUGAACAAAAAUAUAAAAGAAGCUUGCACAUGGUCUUUUCUGGCUUAAAGAUCAAUAUAAAAAUCUAAUUUCUUUCCAUUAUUCCGUACGCCCACCAUCCACCCCAAGCUCCUCACGCUAAAUGCGGUGCUUUAAUCAUUUCUUAAAAAAAAAAAAAAAACAGCCAGUGAUCCUGUUUAACAUAAUAAGGUGAUAAUAUGUCUGCAUUUUUAAUCUAUGUGGUUAUUGCAGUAGUUUGUUGCUCCCCCAAUGGCCAAAAACAGUAACUGCAAUGAAAUUUGUUUUUUAUUUAGCUCGACCAGCAAACAGAAAUCUGGUUUACAGGGUUUGAUGUUUCUUUUUGUGCUCAUCACACGUCAAACUAUCUAAAUACGGUAUAUACAGUCGUGAACUAAAGUUUACAUGCACAUGUAAAGAGUGACUCUUACAACUCCAGGUUUUUAUUCUUUGUCAUGUAUUUUGCUUCUUUCGUAGGUAUAUUAAAGGUCAUCUGAAAAUAUGACAAAACCCGAUGGGUCAAAAAUAUACAUACAGCAACUUAAAUUUUCAGUUUUGGUGAUAUAAAAAGUUGCAUUAGUCAAAUUUUCUUACCUUCUUGGCCUCUUAACAUGUCGUGAAAGAUCAUGAUUGAUUACAGCUGGUGGCUCCUCAGUGUCAGCAGCUUUGUUCACGACUGUAUUUAUUUAAAUUUUUAAUUUAUUUAAAACUUAAUUAACCUCUGCACAUCACACAACCACAGCUACACGGUUAAGCUAAAGAAAAUGCUUGUACCGUUAAAUGUAGGUGCAUAAAUGAAUCAAUUUAGCUGCAUGAACAUAUAGUGCAUUAAAUCAAAUAUUUUAUUGGCAUAUUUUCAGGUGAUUUGUUUUCUUGUUUCUGUGAUAGUAAAUGUUUUUGUGCACUUAAUUAUAAGUAAAGAAAAAAACAAUUACAAAACUACAGCAGCGCUUAAAACACUGAUUUCACGUAUUUGUAGCUUGUAAUCUGUUAAAAAAAAUUGAGAGUUGACUUCAUAUAAUAAUUUUGGUUAAUAAGCAACUUGUUUCGCAUGUAAACAAACUGUCGACGCCGGCAUCCACUCAGCAGGGGGCGCUGCAAAGACCAGCUAAAGGUGCAUUGCAGCUCUGUCAUUACACUUUUGAAAGGUACUUGUAUAGUAUUAUUUUUUUAGUCCAUAAAUGUAAAAAAAAAAAAGCAAAAAAGUUUACACAUUCAAAGAAUCUUCAGUUUACUGGUGUAGACGAUGAAGAAAACCGACAAACAUUUACAUCUGCGGAGCUCAAACCCUAAAAAUUAACUCAUCAGUGUCUCCCCUCUAUCCACAGCACAGUGUUGUUGUUUUUGUUUAUAAUGUUUAAAGCUGUAAAUAUUUUCAGACAUAAUAGUUAUAUUAAUGUGAUUUUAAAAAUACUAUAUUCAAUGUACGUUAAUGGUAAUUAAAGGUGCACUUUGUUCAGUAUAAAUGACUUCAACCUUGUAAAUAUAGAUGUUCUCAAAUAUUGUUUUUUUUUUUAAAUUGGAGUCUGUACUGGUGUCUGUAAAGAUGUUUUACCAAUGUAAUGUGUUAUGUCUUCUAUAUAGUGUUCUAAUAUAUAUUGCACAUGUUGUAAAGGAAGAUAAAAGAUGUUUCUUGUGUCCUUA